AUGGAAGAAAACCUAACUGCAGUGACAGACUUUAUCUUCCUGGGCUUCUCAGACCUCCAGCAUCUGCAGCCCCUUCUUUUUGUCCUCGUCUUACUCAUCUACCUCUUCACACUGAUAGGAAAUGGCCUUAUCAUCACUGUCACAGUUGCUGACCUGGCCCUCAACACCCCUAUGUAUUUCUUCCUCAGGAACUUGUCAGUAUUGGAGAUCUGCUACACUUCCGUGGUCAUCCCUAAGACCUUGACCAACCUCCUUUCAGAGAGGCAGGCUAUCUCUUUCCUAGGCUGUGCAGUCCAGAUGUACUUCUACCUUUUCUUUGGCAGCACAGAGUGUGGCCUGCUGACUGUUAUGUCCUAUGACCGGUACGUUGCCAUAUGCAACCCAAUGCGUUACUCACUCAUCAUGAGCAGAAAGGUCACCCUAAGCUUGACAGCUGUGGUGUGGAUCGUGGGCAAGCUGGUGGCAUGUGAGCAAACGGCAGCCAUAUUCACGUUACCCUUCCACGGGCCGAAUCAAAUCAACCACUUCUUCUGCGACGUCCUCCCAGUGCUUAGGCUGGUGAGCACGGACACAUCACUCAUCAAUGCCAUUCUUUCUUUCCUCACUAUGGUGUUCACAAUAGUCCCCUUAAUCUUAAUCAUCAUCUCCUAUGCAAGCAUCAUCUGGACCAUUCUGAAGAUGCACUCAGGUGAGGGGAGACGCAAAGCUUUCUCCACUUGCUCCUCACACCUAAUCACAGUCAUCUUAUUCUACUGCAGCGGCUUUAUCACCUACAUGAGGCCCAGUUCCAAUGUGUCUGUGGACACCGAUCGAGCCCUCGCCCUGUUGUACACGGUCAUUAUUCCAACAUUCAACCCAAUCAUAUACAGCCUGAGGAACAAAGAAGUCAAGGAGGCUCUGAAGAAAUUCUUGACCAGGA